AUGCAUCCAUAUUCGCGCCCCUCGCCGCGCACAGCCUCGCCGGCCAACAACCUCCAGACCAAUCCCACACGAACCAACAACCAGCGGCACACCAACCAAGACGCCUCUCCAUACUCCACCACACCUCCCUACAGCGACCGCGGCGUUGAAGAUUCAGAAGGCGAGAUGAUGUCCCGCGGGGAGCAAAUCCCCGAGACAGACCAGAAGCAUUACCAGAAGGUCAACCAGGUCAUCCAGAACUUCUUCACCAAAGCAGCCCUUACCAUCGUAUCUUCUCGAAUAGUACUACCCCCAGGCUUCAACAAGACUGGCGAGCUUAAGCAGAACAAGUGGUUCAAUGUCGUGCUCGCCGACAGCGACGAACUCCAGCGGCAACUCACCGAGUGGAAACUCAUGGACGCCAUGGCCGGCCAACACCCUUCCCUCUGCAUCGAAAUCUACCUGGACAUACAAGGAUUGGGCCACCAACAGUCACUAGUCGUACACGGUGAGGACGGGAAGAGAUGGGACGUUUCCUCAGCCCUAAAUGCUGCCGAAGCCGCUUCUCGCUCGUCAAGUCGUGCAGGAAAGCUCACACAGCUCGUGCUCGAGCGCUGGAAAAUCCACGUUGGCGACAAGAACUUGGUCCAUCCAUCAGAACUCAACGACCCCCUGCCCAAUGUAUACAAAAAGGCAGUCGUCACCUUCCGAUCCCUCUUUGCGAAUCUGCGCCUCAUGCCAGCCUUUAGAUACAACAAGACACUUGCUAAACAGCCCGCAAAUAACCCCGCCUUGAAGCUAAACUACCGCAUCACAACUGGCGAGUUUAGGAGUCCGCACGUUGACACGUUGAGUCUGGCUCUGUAUCCGUCAGAUGAGGAAGUGACACUUCCUCAAGAGUUCAAACCAACAAACUCUCCAGUUGGGCCUCUUUGUGUGUCAGUGCAGUAUCGCACCAAUUGCGACUUCAGCGUCGAUGAUUCCGAGUCGCUACUAAGCUCCCAGUUCAUGGGCUUAGACGACACUUAUUUCGAACAAAAAGCCCGUGGAACAACCCAAGUACCCGGGUCGCUUCCUGCCAACAAAUUGAAUGCGCAAGAGACUCCUGAAGUGGGACAAGCUUACGGCAGCUUGUCAACCUUCCAUCAAGUUGGUCCGCCAACAGGGACGAGCCCAAUCUCAGCGCUCCGAGCAGCCCGAGAUAUGUCCUCAUCAUCCCCGACCGAGUCACCUCCACAAAAACUACCACCAAACCACCGAACUGCGCAAGGGUCAAAGUCGUCCCUGCGUUCUGCCGAUACACCACAGUAUCAACGACGAACUUCAGUCUCCUUCCAGCCGUUCAAAGCUGGCUCGCUCUCAUCAUCACCCGCGCCUGGCUCUACACUCCCACCUCCUUCUCCUGGUAGCUCCCUCGGCAGGCAAAGUAGCCUACUGGGACGCAACGCCUCAAACCCAUUGAACCAACCACGAAACCGGACAUCGCUCACUGCACUUCCCCAAGCGGCCCUGAGAGCACCCUCCCUGCCGAAUGAGACCGCAAUCGCUUCUUCCGCCUCCAGCUCCCCGAAACCCGCACCAAUAACUCGAUAUAGUAGCAGUUUCGGGCACAGGAGAAGCAAGUUUUCUUCAGGUGGCGGUAGCAAGACGGAAGAUGACAAUCUGAGCAGUGGCAAGGGCAGUGUGGCUUCGUCACUACAACGAGGUUCUGAUACGUUAAACGAAGGGCCCGGAGGCAGCUCAGGAGAGGUCAAGACGGACGACGAGAACAUUUCCGAUUUCCUGAAGCUGCUUGAGUCUAAAAAGGAUUUGAAGAGCUUCAAUCGGAACGACAACGCUUCCAAGAACGCCACCAUGCAAAAGACUACGGCCCAACUGACAAAGUACCAGCGCUUGAGGGACUCUCAUACGGCUCUGUCCGAUUCCGUCUCGUCUUCCAUGAUGCUACACCGUUCGUCAUCCUCCUCGAGUCGUCAGCUCUCAAGCGUUCCCGCCAUGAUUGCUGGCACCUCCGUGUCGACUGCAUCCUCUCUAGGAAAGCCAAUCUCGCCGCAUACUCCUCAUACUCCGGCCAUUCCUUCUCGUCUAAGUGCUAAUAGCAUCAUUGAGUAUGAGCCCCGAGUACGCCGCAGCCGAAGUCGACCUGGUCGGACGCCACGUGAUCAGGACUCGGUCAACGUAGAGGAGCAGAGCGAGAGUGAAGACCAGAGUACGAACGCUAUUGACAUUCCCACAUCGCCCCGCGCCUGGAACUAUCCGCGUCGGUCGAGCUCAGUCGCUCAGCAAAAUCGCAAUUUACCCGAAGAUGAACCAGAUUUAUUCGGCGUGCGCUCAGCGAGCCUACCAGCCGAAGAAGGCGACCGCGCUCGGGACUUGCUCCUAAUCACCAGUCCAGACCUGACCUCUAGCGGUCUCUUUGCGCAGACCGAGCUUCUCGCCAGCGCCAGUCACGACAACCAGCCUGUUGAUAAUGACUCUCGCGACGAUUUACCGCGACCUUCGUCUACAUCAAACAUCCCAGCUAAGCGCGCUACAUACUCCAGCGGUUCUCGUGGACGCGGUGGUUUUUUCUCGCAUAGCUCAUCUACGAGUUUCAGUACAGGCGCUACGAGCUCGACUGAGCGUCAAAGCCGAUACAAUUUCAACAGUCGUGCUGCCACGAAUGUUGAUGAUGACGAACCCCUGCUUUUUCAGAUGAGUGAGAUCGGCGCUGGUGGUUCGCGUCGUAGUCUCGAAGAAGCCAGAGGCGGGUCUAGUACUGGCAGCGGAGGGAAACGGGGACCAUACUUCCGCUAA